CGCGAACAUGUUUUACCUUUCGAAACAAUGAGGGCUACUAAGUUGAGCUGAGUCUUUAAGCUUUACCUUCACCACCACGCCGGGCCCCGAGCUUCUGUCUUUACCCCUCCUCCUCCUCCUCAGUCUCUCUCGCGCUUUCUCUUUUUCUCUCCCCGCAAUCUUCCAAGCCACCGCUGCCGUAGCCGACAGCUGUUGCUGAAGGUCCCUCCUCCUGCAUCGUCCUCUAUCCGUCCCGUCUCUCAGUGCCCCGUCCUCCCUCCGUCUCAGCCUUGCCUGCGUCUCGGACCACCGUAGUGUAAUCCCCGCCGUAGAGAAAUAUACGAAAGAGAGCAUUUCCGCCAUGGCCGACGCAAGCCCCGCCAAGUCAACAACGUCGCCCCGACCUCAACUAACCUCGUCCAUGAGGAGCAGCUCCUUCCUGCGCGAGCACCAGCAGUACCGGCCUCCGCAGCACCCAGAGAGCCGCUUCGGCAUCGACACCGUCGUCGAGGACCUGAGCAACGUCGCCGUCUCCCCGCCAAAGCAGCACAACCACAGCGCCGGCCACAAGCACUAUGCGGGCUUCAACGGCAUCCCCUCAGAGGACAACCCGCCCACCAUCCGCAGCGGCCUGAACCACAGCUACUCGCACCCCAACUGCGCGCCCGCGGGUGGGAAGAAGCAAUCGCGCUUGGUGGCCACGCUCUUCUACAAACCGGACGGCGGCGAUGGCGCGGGCCACCAUACGACAGUGGCUGGAGCAAGCGGCGGCCGCGUGGCAUCCCCCCCGACCCUCACCUCCGACAGCGCCAGCGGCAAGGAGUCCCUCCCGGCCAACUUUGCGCCGACCCAGGACCCCGAGUCCUUCCCCCUCGAACCCCCGACCCUCGAACCCGAGAAGCUCGACCACCUAUACGGCUCCCACGUCUCGCCCAUGUGCGUGACCUCGUUCCUGCACCUCAUGUCAACCUUCCCCCUCCCCGCCGGCGAGUCCGACUACAGCUCCUCGCAUCGCUGUCUCGACAGCCAGGAGAACCCGCGCGUCGUCGAGCUGACGCUCGACCCGGCGCCCUGUCAGAGCUACCUCAGCCUGACGGAUUUGCGGCGGCACGAGCUUAUCUACCGCUUCGAGAGGGAGUGGAGCGUCGAUGUCGCACUGCAGCCCGACACGCUGUGGCGCCGGCACCCGCGUCUCGUCGUCUUCGACAUGGACAGCACCCUCAUCACGCAGGAAGUCAUUGACCUGCUCGCCGCGACGCUCACGGACCCGCCCGACCUGGCCGCGCGCGUCGCCGAUAUCACGCACCGCGCCAUGCUCGGCGAGCUCGAGUUCGACGCCGCGUUCCGCGAGCGCGUGCAGCUCCUCAAGGGUCUGCCCGCCUCCUGCUUCGAGCAGCUGCGGCCCGUCCUGGAUGUCACCAAGGGCGUUCCCCGCCUGAUCAAGGCGCUGAAGCGCCUCGGUGUGAAGACCGCGGUGCUGUCGGGUGGCUUCCUGCCCCUGACGAGCUGGCUUGCUGGAGAGUUGGGCAUCGACUACGCGCACGCCAACGAGGUUGUCAUUGACGAUGCUGGAAAGCUCACUGGGGAGGUUAAGGGUCUCAUUGUGGGCAAGGAGCGGAAGCACGAUCUGCUGAUUGAGAUUGCGGCCAAGGAGGGCAUCGAUCUGUCGCAGGUUGUUGCGGUGGGCGACGGCGCAAAUGAUUUGCUGAUGAUGCGCGCGGCGGGCUUGGGUGUUGCGUGGAACGCUAAGCCGAGAGUGCAGAUGGAGGCCGAUACGAGGCUCAACAGCGAGAGCUUGUUGGACCUGUUGUACCUCUUUGGAUUUACGGGUGAUGAGAUUGAGCAGCUCGCCUCGUAGAUUGGCGAGUGACUCUAUGUUGACUUGUGUGUGGGAGAGUGGUGUUGUGGGCGUAAGUUGAGUGAUGGUGUUCUGGGGAGUUGGGUGACACCGAAGGAGCCUAGGCAUUGCUGUUUUUUUUUUGGGAGUAUCCUUUACUCGCCUUCAUGAUUCAAUUGCAUGCCAUUGAGUUUCCUGUUGCAAAGAUGUUCAGAUGAAAUCUUCACUAGUCUUCGAGCAUAUAAAAUCGGUCAAUGUCG